UGAGUACUCUACCCUCUCCGUCCUAUCAUAUCUCCGACCAUGCGUAUUCUGAUCUGCCAGCACCGGCAGAUGACGUACCAGGGGUGGAUGGAGGUGCUGGGAAGCGUUCCACUGUCCGAUUGUGACAUGCUGGUGCUGCCGGAGAACUGCCUGGUGCUGCCCCAGGCCAUGGAGAAGGGCAUGUCGCCCAUCUCCAUCGACAAUCCCCCCAUCCGCAUGAUGGCGCGGUUCGCACAACAGAAGGCGGUCAGAGGACAAAAGAGACCUGCACUGUUGAUCUCAUUCACGAGCUGUCGUCUCUUCUUGCAGAUUUAUAUGGUGUUGGGCAGUGUGCCCGAGUCGAUUGAGGACGAGGACGGCGGCAUGGCCCUGUACAGCACAUGUGUAGUCAUCGGCCGGCAGGGGCAAAUUCUGCAUUCAUACCGUCGGCGAGGACAUCGACAUCUGAAGAGUGAGAAGGCCGGCAGCGAAUUGGGGCUCUUUAGAACCGAAUUUGGUUUGGUCCGAACACAGUUGUGGACAGAGAGCUCCAUUGGAUGAACAUCACACAUGUUUUUCCGCUACCUGUGUCUCCGUCAGAUUGGCAUACUGCUCUCACAGGAAGUGGAGGACAUGAAGCUCGUCCGUGCGCUGCCCCCGUGCCGUCUGGUGAUCAACCCCACUCUCCAGUCACCCCCUAUCGACACAACCGUCUUCCGCAAAAUCCACUCGAUUCAGCGGCGGUCAUGGCAGACGCACUCCCUCAAGACGGCGAGACACCUGCUCUCCCUAGUGCUGCCGCCGUCACUUGGCGGCCGCCACGGGUCCAGCCUGGGCUCCUACCUCCGUGUGGAUCAGCCCAUCCCCUUCGGCUACGGCAGCAGCAUGCUGGUGGAGCCGCACCGGACCGUCAUGGCCCCCACCCCAGGAGCACUCGCCUUCAGGGUCACCGUGACCAGCCCACAAGAGCUGAGGGGCCUCCUCAUUUCCAUUGCAUUCCCCAUUACGGUCGACCGCAUCCCCCGGCUGGCCAAGAAAAGGGAGAGCCUGGAGAGGAAGCGACACAGCGUCGACAAGAGGCGAGACCAGGUGUCUAGUGGCCGGCGGUCCUCUUCGUCGACGCCUGCGUCAGGCGUGCAGGAGUCCCAGAGCGCCCCUGCUCUCCCGCGCACGGAGGUGGUGAUGAAGACGACCAUCUGCCGCUACACACUGUGGACAGUCGAUCGGUACUGGGAGAGGGGGGAGGUGAUCCCGAAAGACACGCUCCUCGAUCCGGGAAGCGGCGGGCUGUCGCCGGCACGGGUGCGCAGGCAGAAUGCUGUCAGACUGAAGUGAAGCGAGUACAUUGACCUGUUCUCUGUGGAAGUGUAGGGCAGCAUGAGUUCCCGAUCCCACUCGGCACAAGACAUGGGUGCGGCGACCCCACGCACACCAACGCCACGAAAGUCUCUCAUUGGUGCAAGUCCGCGCACACGGGCGCUGCUAUCAGGUACGUGUCUCACACCCAUUCAUGUCGGCUACAGAGGGAGGUGGGUUAUGUGCGCCUGCGCAGGUCGUGGGUUCAUUGCGGUCAUCUAUGGCGACUUUGGCAAGGAGACACCCUCUGACUCAUUGGCCAUCACACGCGCCUUCGCCGUGCCCUCUCUGCCCCCUGCACACCCCCGCACAUCCACCAUCCGGCCUGCAUCGGCGUCAAACACGGCCCCGAGACGCAUGCAGUCGCUGACUGCUCUGCCAGCUAUUAGAGGCAAGAAAUCGCCCCCGCCGUCAUCCAUCGAUGUCCGGCCGCAGUCAUCAUUGCAGGGUGUGGGGAAAUACGUCGUGAAUUUCGCAAUGGGGGAGAUGGCGGUCAUCGAUCCAGUCGCCAAGACUGUCGUCUUCUCUCAACCAUUGCCUGUGGGGCAGAAGGUACGUUCCGUGUGGUGAAUGCCGUAUCGAGACACAAACCUCUGUGUCUCAUGCCCAUCAGCUGACGGCUCUUGCGUCUCUCCCCUCGAUGUCGUCUCUCUCGGUCCGCCAGCCGCCCAUCGUGGCCGAUCACGCCACAUCAGACGGAUUCCUCGUCGCCUCAACGUCCACCAUCUCACGGGUUGAGUCGCCCGUGGGCGGCGGCACCAAGAGGAUCCAUCUCACGGCCUGGAAGGCGGGGCAGCCCGUCCAGUCCAUCGUACUCACGCGGCAGGUGGUGCGGGAGGCAAUCGUCACGCGAAGGGCCCAGUAUCUCGAGACAGACGGCGAUGAGCAGCACGAGGAAUCCCCAAUGGUCCAAGCCGCCACCAAGCUGCGGUUCCACACAGAGGCGACACAAGGGCCUGCCGUCGACCGCUUUGGUACGGACGUCUCAAGCAUCCUGUUCGAGCUAUCCGACAACUCCCCCUCGGCAUUCGAGGCCUCCCACGUCCACUGGCUGAGCCCAACAUGCCUUAUGGGCCUCAUCGGCCCACCCACCACUUCACAGGGGGCGUUCACCAUGGUGUUCCGCCUACAGUGGAGCAUCGAGAGGCGAGACGUGCCCAGGUUCAUGGCAGUGCCGUGCGGAGUCACUCCGGGGUCCGUGUGCGCAUCCCAUGCAGUGCGCCAGGGGGUGUUUGACGUGGCUGGGCUGCGGGGGGAGGGGCGGAUGGGGGGCGUCGGGAGGACGGGCCCCCUGUAUGUGGUCAUCUGCAGGGAGGGAACCGUCCUGAUCUACUUCUCUGAUGAAGACCAGCUGGAAUCAAUGUUAGAGACAGAGAGAGAGAGAGAGAGACAGAGAGAGAGAGACGUGAUACGUCUUUUCCAAAUGUCAGAUGUGUGACGCUCUUUGACGAGAUGCAGCUGUCCCCCGCCAGCCGGCACAAAAGGUCCACAUCGAGAAAGAGCAAAGCCGACGGCCCCAUUGCGCGCAUCGUUGAGGGGCCGCACACCGACGACAGCGACAUAGUCGACCCCAUUGUGACGGCGGCAGUAGUCUCGGCGCCUUCGUUUCUGUGGGUGUUCUGCGCCUACAAGAGGGGCGAUGUGAAGCUCUUCCAGCUCAAUCUUGCCGAGCAUGUGACCGCCAAGGUGAUCGCGUCGACGCACUUCAAGCACUCAUUCGUGCGGCUGAUGGUGAUCCCACAAGGCCUGGCACACACCCAGCCGCAGCCAAAGCCACAGCCGGCCCAUGCACCAGCGAAACACCCACACCACCCACAGCAGCAGCAGCAGCCGCAGCCGCAGAGUGACAGCUCGUCUGACAGCGACACAUCAUCAGGCGACACCGACAUCAUCCCAACUUUCACCCUUCAGCGGCCCCGGCCGAAAGUGAUGAUGAGACACAAACGAGAAAGACGGCACUUGCCGUCAUACGGUCCACGGAGAGACACUCGCGCAUCUGUCACUGAAGACGGGAUCAGGCGACGACAGCAGAUGGCAAGAGUCGCCGCCCACAGGCAGCACAGGCAGCUGCACAGCAGCCACAAGGUCUACCGUGAUUGCUACCCCGUACCAUUCGAGAAACGAGGCUAUCGCGGCAUCCGGCUGCCAGAACCUGAAAAUGAUGACGACACAACAGCGUCACGGCAGCCUCCCGCCCCCCAGCGGUCCCUGGGCAGCGCCAGCGGCUCAUCAUCACGGCAAGGCCGCGGCAAGGACGACGAAUCGGCCUUUCAGAUGGACUUCCGCUUCACACGCGAAGGAAUCCGUCUCCGAGUCCAAGGGAUUCUCACAGGCGGCGACCCCACUCUCUUCACUACGGCGAGCGGCUUGCGGUUCCGCUGGGGCGACAGCGAGCGGCUGCGUGCCAGCCGGACGAGCACAGGUCUCGAACAGAUAGUGCAGCGCGCCAUGGAUGAGCAGAAACAGAAGGACACAUUGGAAGAGCUGGAGGGUCGUGGGAUGGCCCACGGGCUGGCCAUCAACGACUGGACGAAGCGGCAGGGGUGGCUCGGGGUGGGCGUCAACAACACGGGGGCCCUCGUCAUGUUCUUGUACCAGGAGUACAAGUUCCGGAACCUCUUCAACUGCUGGUCGGUGGCCCAAGAAAGAGAUGCUCUUGCUCUGCGUAUGUGAGAACGGAUGUGUGUGGGUGUGUGGGUGUGUGGGUAUGCAGUGAGCAACUCGACCGUGGCAAGUUGAUGUGGGACAUCGUCAGCGACGGAGACAUACUCGCCGCAAUACUUGACGACGGUACCACACAAUGUCAUAGCGCCUCUCUCACCAUACAUAACACAUUCCCUGGCUGUCUGCUGUGCUGUGUGUCGUCUGUGCAGGGCGAGUUCGACUGUUUGAGUUUGAGGACCCCUCAGCUGCAUUUCUCCCCUUCAACUCGUUCUACAUUGCCGAGGGGCCGCAUUUGGUGCCGCCGGCACCCUUCCCAAACCCCGAAUCGUGCUCCCCACACCCAGCCGCCAAAGACAACCGUCCCAGCCUGGCAGAGAUAUUGACCAUGCCGGCGUCUAAGAGGGAGAGCGUAGCUUGAAGGGUGAUGCAUGACAUUAAUGACACACGUAGAGACAUGACUGCACUAUCUCUUUGUCAGUCAAUCGCGU